GGCUGCGUAGUGUCCGCCAUUGAGGACCCACGAUCAGAAGGAAAGGGUCAGAAUCGCUUCGAUAGGCAACCGCGCACGUUUCCUUUAUUCUUGAAUCCAAACUUUGCCAACAUCCACACUUCGCCUACUGUAUAAUAAUAAUAACUGAUAUUCGUUUUAACUCAUGGAUGGCAGAUUUAGAUAUUUUAUAGCAAUUUGAAGUAACCUACCUAGCUAACGUUAGUCCGCUGUGAAGCUUACGAGUGAGGUUAGCUAGCUAGCCACUGUGCUAGCUUUAGCUACGCGAACUGAGCAAGGCUCUGGGGCAGUGUCGUUUGAUGGAUCCAAGAAUCGCUUGGUUUCAGCCAGAACAACGUGGACCAGCCAACAGCCUGUGGAUGCAGAUUUGGGAAACAACUCAAGGACUGGGGAAUCUGUACUUCAAUAACAACUGUAACACGGGUAGUUUGUCAAGCACGUCAAGCCUCAGUCCGAAAAAGAACAUCAACGGGACAUUGGGUAACGUGAUCUCGUGCAAGAACGGAGCUGUCACUAACAGCGAACCCCGGAACCAGGGAAUGUCCAACUCAACGAAAGACCGAGAUGUAGUCGAACAACGAGACUUUAUUCCGUUGGAAGCUAAUAACAACCACAACAACCGUUCAUCGUUGGGGAGAGGCAGCGCAGGGGGGGGGCAAGUGUGUUCUCGGGUCUCUGGGGUCUCGGGACACCCCAACAAAAGGAAAAGAGACAACAAGGCUAGCACUUAUGGAUUCAACAGUAGCCUCGAGACCGGAGGCUGUGGUUACACGGGAACACCAUGGAAAGUCAAGAACUACUCUGAAGGAAUCUUGGGGCUCCAUGAGGAGAUCAAUGACUUCUACAAGCACAUGUCUCCUCGGGCGGAGGAGGAGAGGAUGAGGAUGGAGGUGGUGGACAGGAUCGAGAGGGUCAUCAAAGACCUGUGGCCCACUGCUGACGUUCAAGUGUUUGGGAGUUUCAGCACGGGCCUCUAUCUGCCAACCAGUGACAUCGAUCUGGUGGUGUUUGGGAACUGGGAAAACCUGCCCCUUUGGACCCUGGAAGAGGCCCUGCGGAAGAAAAACGUGACUGACGAGAACUCCAUCAAAGUGCUGGACAAGGCCACGGUACCCAUCAUCAAGUUGACAGACUUCCGCACAGAGGUGAAGGUGGACAUCAGCUUCAAUGUGAAGAACGGAGUCAAAGCUGCCCUUCUCAUCAAAGACUACAAAAAAAAAUACCCAGUGCUUCCGAAGUUGGUUCUGGUGCUGAAGCAGUUCCUGCUCCAGAGGGAUCUGAAUGAGGUUUUCACUGGAGGGAUCGGCUCCUACAGCCUUUUCCUUAUGGCUGUCAGCUUCCUGCAGCUUCACUACAGAGAAGAUGCCUGCAGCCCCAAUGCCAACGUGGGCGUUCUCCUUAUAGAGUUCUUUGAGCUCUAUGGGCGCCACUUCAACUACCUGAAGACGGGCAUCCGGAUCAAAGAUGGUGGUAGCUAUGUGGCCAAAGACGAGUUUCAGAAGAACACUGACCUCUACAGGCCCUCCAUGCUCUUCAUUGAAGACCCCCUAGCACCAGAUAACGACGUUGGCCGCAGCUCAUACGGUGUGUUGCAGGUGAAGCAGGCCUUUGACUAUGCCUACGUAGUGCUCAACCACGCCGUAUCGCCCAUCGCCAAGUACUACCCCAACAACGAGUCUGAGAGUAUACUUGGCAGAAUAAUUCGGGUGACCCAGGAAGUGGCUGAAUACAGGGACUGGAUCACCAAGCUCUGGGGACCACAGUCUCAGAAUGAACCUACCCUGAAUGGAAAUGAAGUCACACUGUUAGUGAAGCCUCAGCAGCUGGACGAGUGCAACAACAACCUGACGGAGGAGGUGACUGCAUCUCGCAGCAAGACCUCUUCCAACUCCUCCUCAUUAGUGUCAUCCUCAUCCUCCACGGAUUCUGACGGGACGCCCUGUAAGACAGUGAAGCAGCUGCCUGGACGGGGCUCCAGCGCCCACAGAGAAUCCUCAGGUGGCGUGACCAAUCACAGAACACAGAGCCACACCACCAGCACUCUUACUGACAACAAGGGGGGCAAGGCCAGGUUGUUCCGCUCGUCCAGUAAAAACACCCACCACGUCCAGCAGAACUCGCCCUCAUCCAACAUCAAGAGCCACCCGAGCAGCAAGCCACACUACCAGGGCAACAGCAAGAAGAGGAAACCUCAGCAGCACUCAGAGGUCCAGGACCUCUGCAGAUAGGGCUGUCUUGGUCUGCUCUGCAACAGACUGACAGACUGACUGUCCCACUUCUGCUGCCAGACCACGUACUGACUGAGGAGUAUUAAGGAUCUUCCUUCUCUGAAGCGACAUGCAUCUUUUUAUAGCUGAAAAAUAACCCAAAAAAAGAGAUGGGAAAUGCUGGGGCUUAGUUCUAGAAAGAAAUGCGUAUUUUCUUCCUUGACAUAUACACGUUCUACAGUGGAGCUACACACCACAUCCAGUACCUACAAAUCUAGCCUUUUACCAUAGCGCCAUCUGGUGUUUGAGGAAUAAGUGUCUGGAAAGUCAUGUGGAUUGCGCAAUACCUGGAACUUGGCUGGCGAACAUACUUCAGCAAGAAAAGUUUUUUUUAUAUAUAAUAAAAUACACAAAUAACAAAAUGUUAUAUUGAAGAAGAAGAAAAAUGUACACAGAUUGACAGACUAAACCGCAAAAUGCAAUCUGUAAAUAGAGACGAUGACUUAAUGUUUUUGUUGAUCGAAGGAUAUUUUUUGGUUGUGUCAGCAGAUUAUACAAAGAUUUGUACAAAAAGAAACAUGUGGAAAAGUCUUUUUGGGUAAAAAUGAUCACAAAUGUACUUUUUACAGGAUAAUACUGAUUCAAGGCAAAUGUAGAUGUACACAUUUGCCUGCUAAUCGUGAGUAGUGGCAGGUUUGGGUUUCAUUGCCAACAUAAAAUCAUCAGCAUUCUAUUUCUACUUGGCUGCUCUCUCUGAAUGUGUUUGACAGGCUUCUUUCCAAAUUAUACCCCCUUCCCUAUAUAGUACACUACUUUCACUAAAUAGGGAAUAGGGUGUCAUUUGGGAUGCACAGACAGUGUUAACAGUUGGUCUGUGUCAGGUAAUGCGCACACAGCCCUAUGGAUUACUGGUUGGCUGGGGACAAAUCACUCAUUCAUACACACAGCUCUAUACAACAACAGUUUUUAGUUUUCCCAGACUCAUAGAAUUACAGUUAGAGGACAUAAUGAUUUUAGAAAAAGUCUACAAUAUAUGUCAAAGAUCCAUAGGUGUGGGAGGUAAUAUUCUCCCAUGUAUUUAUUGUUAUAUGAAUAUAUAGUUACUAUACACGUUAUACGUAUUAAGACAAGUCCAUACUCCUGUGUCACAUAUUUGGAUGGGACUAGUGGAAGUAUAAUUGGUCAGGUACAGUACCAAUGUUGCUGUUUUCCCUUUCAGUGAUGAGUGACCAAGUUAGUUUGGAAACCAUUUUAUGAGUCAUGGCCCAUUUUGUUUUAAUAUGUGGCUGGUCUACUUCAAAAGGGAGCUGAGGUUUUGUUUUUGUUCAGAAUAUAAUGUCAACAACCCCUUGCUGAAAUGUCCGCUAUGGCAACCUCUGAUUGCAGUUCCACAACUGACCUGUAGAUGGUGGCAUUACUCAACUCCCUUUUCACAACUGGCACCUGCAUACUGCAUUUAUACAUUUUCAGCAUCUUACAGUCAAGCAUUCAGACCCCUUGACUUUAUCCACAUUGUUACAUUACAGCCUUAUUCUAAAAUGUAUUAAAUUGACCCCCCCCCCCCCCAAGUCUACACACAAUGCCCCAUAAUGACAAAGCACAAAGCAAAAACUGAAAUAACAUUUCCAUAAGUAUUCAGACCCUUUAUUCAGUACUUUGUUGAAGUACUUUUGACAGUGAUUUACAGCCUUGAGUCUUGGGUAUGACACUACAAAUGUAGCACACCUGUAUUUGGGUAGUUUCUCCCAUUCUUCUUUGCAGGUCCUCAAGCGCUGUCAGGUUGGAUGGGGAGCGUAGCUGCACAAGUCUGGGCUCUGGCCUGGCCACUCAGACAUUCAGAGACUUGUCCCGAGGCCAUUCCUAUGUUGUCUUGGCUGUGUGCUUAGGGUCCUGUUGGAAAGUGAACCUUCGCCCCCGUUUGAGGUCCUGAGUGCUCUGGAGCAGGUUCAUCAAGGAUCUUUCUGUUCUUUGCUCUGUUAAUCUUUCCCUCGAGCCUGACUAGUCUCCCAGUCCCUGCUGCUGAAAAACAUCCCCACAGCAUGAUGCUGCCACCACCAUGCUUCACCGUAGGGAGGGUGCCAGGUUUCUUCCAGACGUGAUGCUUGGCAUUCAGGCCAAAGAGUUCAAUAUUGGUUUCAUCAGACCAGAGAAUCUUGUUUAUCUAGUCCUUGAGGUGCCUUUUGGAAAACUCCAAGCGGGCUGUCAUGUGCCCUUUACUGAGGAGUGGCUUCCGUCUGGCCACUCUACCAUAAAGGCCUGAUUGGUGGAGUGAUGUAGAGAUGGUUGUCCUUCUGGAAGGUUCUCCCAUCUACACAGAGGAACUCGAGAGCUCUGUCAGAGUGACCAUCGGGUUCUUGGUCACCUCCCUGAGCAAGGCACUUCUCCCCGAUUGCUCCGUUUGGCUGGGCGGCCAGCUCUAGGAAGAGAUUUGGUGGUUCCAAACUUCUUCCAUUUAAGAAUGAAGGAGGCCACUAUGUUCUUGGGGACAUUCAAUGCUGAAUAAAAAUAAUGUUUGUACCCUUCCCCAGAUCUGUGCCUUGACACAGUCCUGUCUCGGAGCUCUAUGGACAAUUCCUUUGACCUCAUGGGGGGGGGGGGGUCUCUGAAAUGCACUGUCAACUGUGGGACGUUCUAUAGACAGCCUUUCUAAUCAUGUCCAAUCAAUUGAAUUUACCACAGGUGGACUCCAGUCAAGUUGUAGAGACAUGGAUGAUCAAUGGAAACAGGAUGCACCUGAGCUCAAUUUCAGGUCUCAAAGCAAAGGGUCUGAAUAAUUUCUAAACCUUUUUUUGCUUUGUCAUUGUGGUAUUGUGUGUAGAUUUAUUUUAGAAUAAGGCUGUGACAAAAUGUGGGAAAAGUCAUUUUCGAAUGCACUGUGUGCACGAGCUAAUCACUGUUUCCCAACCUUGGUCCUCGAGGAUCUCCAACAGUACACAGUUUUGUUGUAGCCCUUGACAAACAACUCAUUGAGGGCUUGAUGGGAAAGGGGGAUACCUAGUCAGUUGUACAACAAUGCAUUCAACUGAAAUGUGUCUUCCACAUUUAACCCAACCCCUCAGGGGUGCGGGGGGCUUCCAUAAUUGACAUCCACAUCUGAGGAACAGUGGGUUAACUGCCUUGCUCAGGGGCAGAACGACCAAUUAUUAUUUUUGACCUUGUUAGCUCGUGGAUUUGAUCCAGCAACCUUUCAGUUACUGGCUCAACACUAAGAUGGUUAAAAAAUAUUGUCCUGGGAAAGUACAGUUUGGGCCUAAAUGCAGUAUAUAUCAGCUAAUCUGUGAAUUUGAUUUGACACUUAGGGAACACAAAUCAUCUGUGCCAUCACAAUCUGUAAUCAUAUCUUCUCACUGCAAAUACUUCAACAAAACUGUAUUGACUCAUCCCAAUUGUAGUUCAUACAGCUAUUCAAAUCCAUGCAAUAAAUUCCACAGUACAAUAA